AUGUUGUUGAAGAAGAAUGAAGGUAAGAAAGUCGGGGAUCGGGACGCGAACGGUGAUCCGCGUGCGCGCGUGUUCGAAAGUGAACGAGAAGAAGCUGGUGUUCAUCUCACAGUCACAGUUGAGGAUAAAGGAGGAGGAGGAGGAGGAGGAGAAGGCGGCGGUCGUACCCCUCCUCGUAGUCAAAGUCGUUUACGUUCACGAAACCUUAACGCUAAAGUAAGGACGCCGCGCAGCGGUCAAGUGUUUCCGAAACACUUGAGGAUGGCCAUUAAGCCGGAGAUCAAGGAUGAUGGAGCAGUGAACCCUUCAAAAAACCAGGCAUUGAUGUGUCACAACACCGACGAUUACAACGGACGACAUCUGGCGCCCGGAAUUGAGCAGAACUUACCGCGGUCAUCGGCCGGCCACAAAUGGUUGAUGGAUCGCCGCAUGGCUACGGUAGCCACGCCUCCUUGGAAAGGCUAUGGCACGACGCCAGAGCAGCUUGAUUGA